AUGAUUGAAGAUAGUGGGAAAAGAGGAAAUACCAUGGCAGAAAGAAGACAACUGUUUGCAGAGAUGAGGGCUCAAGACCUGGAUCGUAUCCGACUCUCUACCUACAGAACAGCAUGCAAGCUUAGAUUUGUUCAGAAGAAAUGCAAUCUGCACCUGGUGGACAUUUGGAACGUCAUAGAAGCCUUGCGGGAGAAUGCUCUCAACAACCUGGACCCGAACAUUGAACUCAACGUGGCCCGCUUGGAGGCUGUGCUCUCUACCAUUUUCUACCAGCUCAACAAACGGAUGCCAACCACUCACCAAAUCCAUGUGGAGCAGUCCAUCAGCCUCCUGCUAAAUUUCCUGCUUGCAGCCUUUGAUCCGGAAGGUCAUGGUAAAAUUUCAGUAUUUGCUGUCAAAAUGGCUUUGGCCACAUUGUGUGGAGGGAAGAUCAUGGACAAAUUGCGAUAUAUUUUCUCCAUGAUCUCUGACUCCAGUGGGGUGAUGGUUUAUGGACGCUACGACCAGUUCCUCCGGGAGGUUCUCAAACUCCCCACAGCAGUUUUUGAAGGGCCUUCCUUUGGUUACACAGAGCAGUCCGCGAGGUCCUGUUUCUCUCAGCAGAAAAAAGUCACGUUGAAUGGAUUUUUGGACACACUCAUGUCUGAUCCUCCUCCGCAGUGCCUGGUCUGGUUGCCCCUUCUACAUCGACUGGCCAAUGUAGAGAAUGUCUUCCAUCCAGUUGAAUGUUCCUACUGCCACAGUGAGAGUAUGAUGGGAUUUCGCUACCGAUGCCAGCAGUGUCACAAUUACCAGCUCUGUCAGGACUGCUUCUGGAGGGGACAUGCCGGCGGUUCCCAUAGCAACCAGCACCAAAUGAAAGAAUACACGUCCUGGAAAUCGCCUGCUAAGAAGUUAACUAAUGCGUUAAGCAAGUCUCUCAGCUGUGCUUCCAGCCGUGAACCUUUGCACCCCAUGUUCCCUGACCAGCCUGAGAAGCCCUUGAACUUGGCUCAUAUCGUGCCUCCCAGACCUGUAACCAGCAUGAACGACACCCUGUUCUCCCACUCUGUCCCCUCCACAGGAAGCCCGUUUAUCACCAGGAGGUUACUUGAGGGAAUAAGUGCACCCAGCCCUGAGGCUGACGAACAUUCCCUCAUAAAGCUGUAUGUCAAUCAGCUUGACCACGGCGAACGCUCUCCUCCCAAGGACAGUGAAGUAGAGCAGAACAAACUUCUGGCUAGGGCUGCACCAGCUUUCCUGAAGGGCAAAGGGAUUCAGUACAGCCUCAAUGUGGCAAACAGGCUAGCUGACGAACAUGUGCUCAUCGGGUUGUAUGUCAACAUGCUCCGGAACAACCCGUCCUGUAUGCUGGAGAGUUCCAAUCGGCUCGAUGAAGAACACCGGCUGAUCGCCAGGUACGCGGCAAGACUGGCAGCAGAGGCCUCCUCGUCUCAGCCAAGUCAGCAGAGAAAUGCUCCCGACAUCUCCUUCACCAUUGACGCAAAUAAACAGCAGAGGCAGCUGAUCGCAGAACUCGAAAACAAGAACAGAGAAAUCUUACAGGAGAUCCAAAGGCUGCGACUGGAGCACGAGCAGGCCUCUCAACCCACCCCAGAGAAGGCGCAGCAAAACCCCACCCUGCUGGCUGAACUUCGGCUUCUCAGACAGCGCAAGGACGAGCUGGAACAGAGGAUGUCUGCUCUCCAGGAGAGCCGGAGGGAGCUAAUGGUCCAGUUGGAAGGCCUCAUGAAGCUGCUAAAGACCCAAGGGGCAGGUUCUCCUCGCUCCUCUCCCAGCCACACCAUCAGCAGGCCAAUCCCCAUGCCCAUCCGGUCGGCGUCCACCUGCUCUACCCCGACACACACGCCUCAGGACUCCCUCACUGGGGUCGGGGGAGAUGUACAGGAGGCCUUUGCACAAAGCUCAAGAAGAAAUCUGAGGAACGAUCUGCUGGUGGCUGCCGACUCCAUCACUAACACCAUGUCGUCUCUAGUGAAAGAGCUUAAUUCUGAGGUGGGCAGUGAAACAGAGAGUAAUGUGGAUUCUGAAUAUGCAAGGACUCAGUUUGAGGAUCUGCUUCCAUCACCAACCUCUGAAAAGGCUUUUCUCGCACAAAUCCAGGCCAGAAAACCUGGGUACAUGCAUGGUGGAGCGACCACAAGUACCAUUCGCAGUGACAUUGUUACAGAUGAUGGGGAGCCCUUUGUGCGGCCCGAGGAUGAGAACUUUGAAAACGACUCCGUCCGACAGCUGGAGAAUGAGCUUAAGAUGGAAGAAUACCUGAAGCAGAAGCUGCAGGAUGAAGCCUAUCAGGUCAGCUUGCAAGGUUGAAUGCAAUAUCCUUUUAUCACUCUCCUCUCAAGCAAGCUCUAGUCAGACAGAUGAUGAAAGCCAGAGGAGAGAUGCCGAUGCCGGGGAGCGCUGCACCCACACACAGACAGAGGAGGACACGAGCAGCCUGGCAGCCACGUCAUCGAGGAGAGGAACCACCCUACGCAGCCCCUCCCGGCAAGACCCCACCCCUAAAGAUGUGCUCUGCUGAUUCGAGAGCAACUAACAUUUUUGUUCUAAGAUCUGUAGUUCAUAGGUGUGUGU